AUGUCGUGUCUUCCAGGUAUCGUCGUGUCACAGGUAAACAUCGCGUCAGAUGAGCAGGUCGAGUAUGACAAUAGUCGACAAAGGUCCAAGCGACAUAAGACUAGCGACAGGAUACUAGCGACAAAGAAGCAAAGAACAGUAGUUUCCAGAGAAGAAGGUAGCUUGUUCGAAAUCGAUGCUAAGUACGAACCAAUUGAUAGUAUUGGUAAGGGAAGUUACGGCAUUGUUUGUUCUUGUCGCAACACGGAUACUAACGAGAAGGUCGCUAUCAAGAAGAUAUCGGACUUGUUUUCGAGUCAAGUUGAUGCAUUGAGGACACUGAGGGAACUUAUUAUACUAAGGAACAUUCGUCAUCAUAAUGUUGUUCAAUUGAAAGAUGUUAUGAUCACUUCUUCUAAGUCUACUUUUAAAGAAGUUUAUGCCGUUUAUGAAUUUAUGGAUAGCGAUCUUCACCAAAUUAUUCAGUCUCCUCAGCCUCUUUCUCCUCAUCACUGCCAGUAUUUUAUGUUUCAGUUGCUUGAAGGGGUCAAGUAUCUUCAUUUGACGAACAUCAUUGACCGUGAUCUGAAACCAGCAAACCUCCUUAUCAAUGCAAACUGCGACAUGAAAAUAUGUGAUUUUGGUCUAGCAAGAACAAGUGGAGGUGAUGGUGGUGAAUUUAUGACAGAGUAUGUAGUAACACGUUGGUAUCGUGCACCUGAACUACUCAUCUGCAGAAACAGUUAUGACACAUCUAUUGAUGUUUGGUCAGUUGGUUGUAUCUUUGCUGAAAUACUAUUACGACGACCCUUAUUUCCUGGUCAUAAUCCCCUCGACCAAUUGAAACGUGUUAUUGACUUCCUUGGAAGCCCUACUGAAUCUGAUCUUGAUUUCAUCGACAACCCAAAAGCAAUCAAGUUCAUCAAAGGACUUCCUCAUACAAAAGGGGUCUGUUGGAAGGCUAUGUUUCCUGAAGCUGAUUCUUUAGCCUUAGAUUUGUUGCAAAGAAUGCUUGUUUUCAACCCUAAGAAGAGGAUUACUAUCGCUGAUGCCCUUCAACAUCCUUAUCUGUUUGAUUUGUACGACCCUACAAAAUAUCCACCUUCUCAGAAGACGCUUGAUGUCAAUAUUGAUGCAUACGUAGGGGAGACUAAUCUUAGAGAUAUGCUUUGGAGAGAGAUGUCAUUUUAUAAAUAACUCCAGUCCAAUUGUUUAAUUGUCAAUUAAUUAACAACUUCUGUAUUUGUUAAUUAUCUGUCACCAAGAAUAUAAAAGGAUGUAUUAUGUAUAUUCACUCCCAUGAGUUACUUUAAUUUUCAGAAAUAUAUAUCUGUACCAAUAUUAUU